UGCCCUGGGGAGCCUGUUCAGUGCCCAAGCACCCUCUGGGGGAAGAGGGUAAUUUUCCAAUUAUCUAACCUCAACCUAAAUGGCCAAGCCGGUCUACAUUGGAUUAUGAUGACCUUGAACAGUCUUCUUUGUUGAGCCUGUUUUAAUUCCCUCCUUUCUAAGAUAAGCUUGGAAUAAAUACAGAGGAGCAAUUGGUCCUUCAAGCUCAGCACAACUGAUGCCUUUGCAGAGACAAGUGUGGAUCAGUUGGAAUUGGUUGUUCCUGGUAUCUCUUGCUCCAGCAGUGUAAAGGUGGUUGUCCUCUCUGAGGAGCCAUGGGGACUUCGCUAUAUUGGGUUGUUUUCUCUCAUGUUCUUUCAUACCAGUGAAAGAUGAGAAAGAAGCUUCCCUGAGAACAUUGGCCUAACUCCGCUCAACACCCUUAGUUCUCUGUAAACAUCCUCACAGAGCUUACAGCAAAGCAUCUCUCGCUCUGGAGGGUCGAUGGAGAGCACUGUGUCCCACCCAGCUGUCUCAGAGGAGACCAACAUGGAAAAUCUCACCACGCUACUGGAGCCUGGGACCCUUCACUAGGCAACUGCUUUCUCUGACCUGCAUGAGUCUUAUGUCUUAGAGAAGGGACACUUUAAAAGUACAACUCAAAUUUGGUCUACUUGGUCUUUUCACGAACUCUCUUUCGGUCACCAUGUUGAAGAUGGCAGUGUCUCUGAAAAAGCGAUCUCCGUCUUGCAGUCAGGUGGUUUCUGUGUCUCCCAUCUGUCCUUGUCUGCCAUAGAAAGAAAUACGUGGCCAGGUGUAUUCUUGGCUCUGAAUUUCAGGUUAUUUCGGGCUGUGACGCAACCCAAAGUUUGUGGGAUUUUGUUGGGCUGUGUUUUUUUUAAAAUUCCAAGUAGAAAAUAAAUCCCAAAGGAAAUGUUGGAUUUUCCCUGACUAGGAUUGGAAUUUUGUGACCUAUGGAAGUUUAUAUUAGAAAAAUCACUUGUUAAGAGGGUUUGAAGCCAAACCAUUUCUUGUAGUUGAAUUAGCAGUGCUUGGAAUCUACCCCUCUCAGGUGGUUCCCACCAGGAGCUGAGUGUAGCCCCUGGUUUCCUGUGACUGACUGUCCACGGCUGCAGUGGUCAGUGGUCAUUGGUACAAAUGCUCCAGGGCUUGCUCUGCACACAGGGCUUAGCAGAAACCCAUCUCUCCUGAGCUCCUUGAAGUGCUCUGAGGUAACAGGUCCUCAUGUUGGGAAAGAUUUCCAGAACUUGAGGGACUAAGAGAUCCAGAACCCAGUUAUUGUUCCUAGAGAAGUCCUGUAGUGCAGAAUGGUGAUUAACCUUGUCAGUUGUUGGGCUCUGGGGGGAAUAAGUAAGGAUGUAGUUGUUCAAGUCAUCCAGACUUAUUUGGGAGAGGGGAUCUGAUGAAUGGCAAGCCCUCUUGGGAGAGACCACCAGUCCUAGAUUGGUGGAUUCAGGAUGGAAGCUUGAUUUCCCUCCCCCCCCCUUUUUAUUUAAGAAAAAUAAUUGUCAGCAAGUUCUGCUUUAGAGAGUUCAAGAAAUGCAGAGCAGAGGUGACCAAUGUGCCUUGAGGAAGCAGCAUGUCACUAAAAUACAGUGACACACAAGCAACCCUGGGUAUUAAUCACAUUGCCCCGUUCAGUUUCAAAAGGAGAGAAGCGGACCUCAUCCAGAAACUGUCCAGCAGGCUACAAGAGAGACUGAGAACACACAGCAUUGAAUCAUCAGGAAAAUUGAAGAUUUCCCCUGAACAACAUUGGGAUUUUACAGCAGAGGACUUGAAAGACCUUGGAGAAAUUGGACGAGGCGCUUAUGGUUCUGUCAACAAAAUGGUCCACAAACCAAGUGGGCAAAUUAUGGCAGUUAAAAGAAUUCGGUCGACAGUGGAUGAAAAAGAACAGAAGCAGCUACUGAUGGACCUUGAUGUAGUGAUGCGAAGCAGUGACUGCCCGUAUAUUGUUCAGUUUUAUGGCGCGCUCUUCAGAGAGGGUGACUGUUGGAUCUGUAUGGAGCUCAUGUCUACCUCGUUUGAUAAGUUUUACAAAUAUGUAUAUAGUGUAUUAGAUGAUGUUAUUCCAGAAGAAAUCCUAGGCAAAAUCACUUUAGCUACUGUGAAAGCACUAAACCACUUAAAAGAAAACUUGAAAAUCAUUCACAGAGACAUCAAACCUUCCAAUAUUCUUCUGGACAGAAAUGGGAAUAUUAAACUCUGUGACUUUGGCAUUAGUGGACAGCUCGUGGACUCCAUUGCCAAAACGCGGGAUGCGGGGUGCCGGCCGUACAUGGCGCCGGAAAGGAUAGAUCCCAGCGCCUCCAGGCAAGGCUACGACGUCCGCUCAGAUGUCUGGAGCUUGGGGAUUACAUUGUACGAGCUGGCCACGGGGCGGUUCCCUUACCCCAAGUGGAACAGUGUGUUUGACCAGUUGACACAAGUAGUGAAAGGAGACCCACCACAGCUGAGCAACUCAGAGGAAAGGGAGUUCUCCCCCAGUUUCAUCAACUUCGUCAACUUGUGCCUUACAAAGGACGAGUCCAAAAGGCCAAAGUACAAAGAGCUUCUGAAACAUCCCUUCAUCCUGAUGUAUGAGGAACGCACAGUGGAUGUUGCAUGCUACGUUUGUAAAAUCCUGGAUCAAAUGCCAGCAACUCCCAGCUCUCCAAUGUACGUGGAUUGAUAUUGCUGCUACAUCAAACUCUAGAAAAAGGGCUGAGGGAAACAAGCUGUAAAGAAUUUUCAUCACAUAUUGCAGUGUUUUUAAUGCUCGCCCAGACACCAUGUGCAAUAAUAUUGGUGUUAUUUCCAUCCUGUCUGUAUACUGUUGUCACAUAUAAAGUGCAUCCCUGUAAUACCUGAUCACACAGUGUUAGUGUUGGUCACAGAGAGACCUCAUCUUGCUCUUUUGUGGACAUAUUCAUGAAAUGUGGAAAUAAGUACAUUUAUUUGUUGACCGUGAUUGGAUAGCACCUAAAAUUAAUUUCUAGACUCAAAACUUGGAGAACUUCUCAGCAGCUACUGGAAAGAUUUUUCUCUCAAACUCUUCCAAUUGUUGUUUCAAGUAAUAAUAAAAAGCAAACAAACAAAAGUUAGGCGUUGUCUGUCUGAACAUUAAGAGACUUUGCCUGGCGGGAGAAGAACUUGCUUAACCAACGAGAUGCUUUGCCUUCUGGAGCUGGGAAGGCAAAGGAGAAUUUUAUUCUUCACAAAGUGCAAUAGAUUUACUGCUAUGAAAUUCUGUUGCUUUACAGUCGCAGUGUACUUUCUGGGGACAGUGUGCUCAGCUGAACUUCCUGUUAAAGAGAGAUCAUGUUAAAUAUAGUGAAUAUGUCUUUACCAAAAAUAUGUUGCAUUGAAAGAGGCUAACAUUAAACUAUUGAGAUGGGACAUAAUGUAUUCUUCCUCCUUUUACCAAGCCAGCCACUCUUCACUCUUAACUAGAUGUCCUGUAAAUUGUUACCUGGUAAGAUAAGACCUUUGACCUGAAGAAUUAUUAAACUACUUGAUUGAAUUUAA